AUGUCGCUGAAUCUAGACUUUGAACCUGAAAGUUACUUCUUUGACUUUCAUCCAGAAGGCCCUCCUUUCAACUACUGGCGUCGACAGUUUAUCGAGUACCAAGAGAGAUUCAGACCCCCAAACGAAACUGAACGCGAACCCUCGCCUGAAGACUCAGAGCCCUCGCCCUAUCCUCCCCCUUCCACUUCCCCCUCUCCUCCCUCGAGUGUUGCAACCAUGGAUCUCGAGAUGUUGGACAUGGGCAGGUACAACGACGACGUGCCCGUUCACACGCCUCGUCGCCGUACCAGGAGCGUUGAGCCCACGUCCACUCGCCUGUCCAUUCAUACGCCCUCGGAGCGUUACUUUCAGAAUCCUCACUAUCCUCACUCAACCAUUAACACGCCGGCUGCCCCAACCCCCCAUGCCGUGGCUGCUCGCAGAGCACUUGACCAGCGUCGCAAUGCCAUGUUCACCCCAGGCCGCUCCCGUCGCCAGAGCUUCAGAGAGCAGCGGGAGACGCCCAUGUCGAUCCUGCGCCAUCUUGGCCGCGCCCUGGCUCCAACCAGCCAUGUGAUUGCCUCGUCUUCUUCCCCGGACAAACCCUCACCUAAUGGCGCCGGCAACGGAGAGUCCAGCGGCAGUGGCUGGCGCGAUGAUGACGAGCUGCCAAUUGAUAGGCCUCGUCUGUCUCUGCCCAUUGAUGAGGGCUCCUCGGACGACUUGCAACCCCCCCAAUCGUCGAUCCUCGAUGACGGAAACCUGACUGUUCAGUCUGUUGAGCUGCCUCGUCGGGCUACCAGCGAGGGUCCUCCAAGGCGCAGCUUUAGCUAUUUCUCGGGCCCCGUGGACGACAUCAUGUGGGAUGCCAUUUACGGAGACUACACCGGGUCGGAUGGCUUUGGCAGAACGAUUGAGAUUGCCCCCCCUGCUCCUCUGGAUCCCGAGAUUGCGGAUACACGUCAACCUCCUGGUUUUCGCGAAAGCGACUUCAGCCUUGACAUGCCGUUUGGCCUGAGUGACAAUGACCAAACCACCUUCUACAUGAGGUCUCCCGUCGUUGAUGACAUUCACAGUGUCCUCAAUGCUCCCAAUCCCGUUGAGGAUGACAUUGAGAUCAUGAACGAAAAGAGGCAGGCAGAAAUUGCAGAAACCACAGAAGCCGCAGAAGCCUCAGAAGUCGCAGAAGUUACAGAAAAAACCGCAGAAGAAGCCGCAGAAACCCACAAGACGAAGGCGCAGCCAACAGAUUACGAGUUUCCCGACAUUGGCGACUUUGGGUCCGUUGACGGUCUGGGAGACGCCGAAAUGGAGGCCAUCACCAAGAUUGACUAUGAGACGCUUGGGCUCGAGCCGGAGAAGCCCAACGACGACAUCAUUGGAUACCCUCAUGGCCGGCCUAGGAAGAAGAAGAGGGCCAAGACCUCCAAGACCAGGGUCUCCAAGCACAACAUUGAGUAUCCGCAGCUGCCGCCCGCCUUCAUCAGGCAGGUUACUAAUUCCGCGAUGCAAUCGGCCGGAUUGACCAACCAAAGAGUCGCCGCCGACACCAUGGGCGCCUUGACGCAGGCUUCGGAUUGGUUCUUUCAGCAACUUGGCGAUGAUCUGGGUGCCUACGCCAACCACGCUGGUCGAAGGACCGUUGAAGAGCGCGAUGUCAUUGCCUUGAUGAAUAGACAACGCCUUCUCACCCCAAGUAUCUCUCUCUUCAACCUGGCGAAUCACAAUCUUCCGCGCGAGCUCCUGCAGUCGCUGAGAAGUGCUACUCCCGUAGCUCGUCCUGGCAUGUAUGCCGCCCAUGCUACGCAAAACCCUCCUGCUAUGUACGCGAUCCAUGACGAUGGCGGCAUGAAGCGAAAGAGAGGAGAAGAAGAAGAAGAAGAAGAGGAUGAAGAGAAUGAAGACGAUGAAGAAGAAGAGUUGGUCUAUCCAGAGGACGAGGAUGAAGAGGAAGAAGAAGAAGAAGAGGAUGAGUAA